AUGCGCACCAGCCCUCGAGAUAUGCCGCAGCAGCCUCUCUAUCGCGGGGGUCAGACUGGAUUUCACCAGCACCACCACAGCCCUCAUCAACAUCCGCAGGUUAUGGGUCAACGAAGCAGAAAUAUCACCACUCUGGGUGGAAGCCGGGGCGGUACCACGGGCAUUUCUCCUCAUUUUGACCGUCAUCGCACGAUAAGGUUGGUGCGUCCCAGCAGCAAUACCGUGGUUUGUACGCGUCUGAACCGUAUUAUUCCAACCUUUGCAGAGGCCAAAAAUGGUGCGGUGGUCUGUGAGGAAUUUAUGGAUAAUCAAAAUUGCCCAUAUGGCGAGUCUUGCACGCAAAUACACGUUGUAAAGGAACACACAUGGGACUUUAUUACAUCCGAAACGAAUAGAAGCACAGGUCUGUUUGAACACGGAUUUAUUGUUCACUGUUACGAUCCGCGGAUGACACAGUACUAUCCGAUACCCAGCGAAUUGGUCUUAAAUACACGUGGCAGUCGCGAGUAUGUUAAAAUGUACAAUGAGUAUGGAGAUAACUUUAAGGCCAAAUUCAAGCUGUGUGAUCAUAUGCUUACCCGUGGAGAAUGCAGUUUGGGAGAGUCUUGCGAUGAUAUUCAUGCUAUUCGAAACGAUGUUUGGAACAUGGAGAGUACUACCACCCAUAUUGCAGAGCCAGAGCAGCUAUUACGCUAUCCUCGCCUUUCAGCGAAUAUCACAGUGCGUGCCUUUGAACAAAAUAGUAAGGAUUCCUUUGUUGAUUACCCCGGUGAUCAGGUUCUUUUGACGUCGGGCUCUCUUCAGUACUUGGCGGCGUUUGAAGCUGAGGGAACUAUUCCAAAGAAGAAAAUGCAACACUGUGCUCAUUUUCGGACCAAUCGCCUUUGUCGAAGGGGUGAAGGUUGCCGUUUUCUCCAUAUUCUGACAGAUGUGACUGGAUCGCUUGGUGAUUCGCUUUUGGGGGAGUUAAGCCCCCAAAGCAUUUCUUGUGGCGAUUCUCCCACCUCCGAUAUCACCGUCAACCCGCGUGUUCGCCACGGCGGCCCUUGCAUGAGUGGAGGUCAAAUGGCCGCUAGGUUUGCACAAUGGUAUUCGCCAGGAGUAGUUGACGCUGCGUCCUCAAAUGUCAAUCAGGGUAACGCAGGGGCUCUGGCGUUUAACAGUAGCGGUGGCGGCACAGAAGGCAGCAACCCUGGAUUCGUGGCACAGGAUGAACAUCAAACGUUGAGUGUAACUCCUCCAGCUACUGUGCCACCUCGAGUGGCCUCCCCCAAUUCGAUACAAAUGGGCAUGAUUGGCAAAAUGCGGAUGAUCAGCCCUACGCGGCGCAAUGACCCGUACCGUAUGCACCCUGAAGGAGAAGCACCCCCCUCUACUUCCCAUUGA